AUGCUUGGCCACUUACUCCUAAGCACCGAACGAUCGGCCUUACAAAUAUACCAUACCAUAGCUUUCAUACAACCAGUGCGGCUGUCAUGGAGAGCCUUCCCUUCUGUAAAUGUAGACGGAGCGUUAUUGUUUGAAAGCCGAUUAUUGAUUGGUGAUCGUCUAUUGAUUACAUUCGCACACCGCCAUUUACAACCCCCAAUCUUCUACGAGUCCGAGUCUUUGAAUUUUUCUUUCUUGCUCAAUUUUUGUCGAUUUUUUUUUUCUUCUUUAAAACUGGUGGUUCAAUUUUCUCUCCUUAUAUCUAAAUUCUCUUCAUUGAAAGAGAUUUUCUCUCGGUUGACCGCCAUACUGUCUUUUCAAACUUUCAUUUCUUUCCCUCCCCUUCCUAUACCUUUUCCUCCUCCCCGUUUCACACUCCCUUUUUAUUUCUAUCUCUUUCCUAUUCUCCCUCCUCCAACUUCCUCUUUAUUACAAGCCCUUUUCUCCCUUCCAACCCCUGACUAUCUUCCAUUUCUUAUUUCCCCUUCUUUUCUAUUCCCCUUCGUUGUUUCUCUCUCUCUCCGGCAACUACUACUUUUGCUCUUAAUACUUCACUUUUCUUUUCACCUCUUUUCUUCUCACACCACCACUCUUUCUGAACUUCUUCCUCCUACUCAUUCAAAAUCUGCCUCCUGCUUAAACAUCUUUUCACCCUCUUUCUUUAUUCUCCUCCCACUAUUCCUUCAACUUCCUCAUUAUGAAACCUCUCCCACAGGCUACAUUCUUCCCCAUUUCUUAUUCCCCCCUCCUUACUGUUCUUUAUCUCUUCCUCUGUUUGCUCUUUUCUCUCUCCGUCAAUACUUGCUAUCUCUCUUCAAACUUUCAUUUCUUUCCUUCCAAUCUAUUAAUUUUUCUCCUCUUUCCAAACCGUUCUCCUCCUACUCUUAUUCAAACUCCUUUUCUUCUCCCCCACCCCCAUUCGUUUUCCCCUCCAUUGGUUCAUGGCCUCUUAUUCUUUAUUCUAACUUUCUUUCUCUCCACCUUUUCUUACCCCCACCAUUUCUCCUCGUUUUUUUUCUAUCUUUCUUUCCCCCUCUAUUGAUUCUUUUUCACCGAGUCACAACUUUCUUAUCUCUUCCUCCAAUUUCACUCUUCAUCUCCAAAUCUUUUUACCCAGACGAAACUUUCCUCUCCCCUGUUGAACCAUUAUUCUUCCUCUCUCAAACGACUUACCCUCUCCAUAUCACUUUUCCUCUUCAAUUUUUUUUUUAUCCAUUUGUAACUUCCAUCUCUCCCCCGCCUCAAAUACAACCUUUCUCUAUAUAUUUCACUAUUUUUCCUCUUCUUCAAUUCCAUUUUUGCCCAGUCGUAACUUUCUUUUUCUCCCCGCCCUCUCUGAAGCCUGCAACGGCUGAUUCCCCCUCCAGGUUUCAGUAUUUGUUACUUUCUCUUUUUUACCAAGUCGUCACUUUCUUUUUUCCUUUCCUCUCUCGCUGCUUCCACCUCCCUUCUACCACUUUCUCUUUUUACCCAGUCGUAACUCCCCCCCCUUCUUUUCUCCUACCUCUCUAA